AUGUCAGAGGAGAGCAGGUUUGGAGAUGCGCCCCCUCGUGGCAUGGCCAGAGACUGUUGUGUUCCUCUGCUGCUCCAGAAGAGCCACAUCCCAGACCUCAUCAGCAUGCGUAAAGCAGAUUCUGACAGCUGUUGGGAGGUAACAGUGGUGUAUCAGAAUGGGCUGCCUGUGAUCUCGGUCAGUUUGCCGUCCAGGCGAGAGCGCUGUCAGUUCACCCUCAAGCCUCUCAGCGACUGUGUGGGAGUUUUCCUGCAACAGCUCCAGGCAGAGGACAGAGGCAUCGACCGGGUAGCCAUCUACUCCAUGGACGGAGCCAGGGUUGCCUCCUCCACAGGUAUAGACAUCCUGCUGCUGGACGAUUUCAAGCUUGUCAUCAACGACACCACACACCUUGUACGGCCGCCAAGGAGAGAGUUGCUGCCCCACGAGGAGGCCGAGAGGUUGAAUGAUGUCAAAUUUCUAGUGCAGCAGCUCUACACCACCCUGCGCAUCGAGGAGCACCAACUCUGCAAAGAACGUGAGCUGAUUCAACGACUGGAGGAUCUUAACUCUCAACUCCGCCCCUUAGAAAAGGUGAGGGAUGAGCUGAGUAAGAAGGCAGAGCGGCGCACCACCUGGGUGCUGUGGGGAGGCAUGGCUUACAUGGCCACCCAGUUUGGCAUCCUGGCCAGGCUGACCUGGUGGGAGUACUCCUGGGACAUCAUGGAGCCCGUCACCUACUUCAUCACCUAUGGCACUGCGAUGGCCAUGUAUGCCUACUUCGUUCUCACACGUCAGGAGUAUGUUUAUCCCGACGCUAGAGACAGACAGUAUCUGCUGUUCUUCCACAAGGGGGUGAAAAGGACACGCUUCGACGUUGAGAAGUACAAUAAGCUGAAGGAUGACAUAGCUGAGGUGGAGCUGGAUCUGAAGCGUCUAAGGGACCCGCUUCAGCUCCAGCUUCCAGUUCAGCAGCUCACCGCUGAUAAGAAUUGACGUGAAGAGAGACUCUCUCCUCUCUGAGCUCCUCCUUCCCUCAAACCUUCUGCUGUUCAACACCCAUUUCCCUUUCCUUAUAUCCCCAGUUUUCCUCAGAACCCCCCAUUCCUCCCAUGCCCACUUAUCCCUUCUCUUUCUUAUUUGUUUGUUAUUUUUCCUACUAUUUGUUUUUUUGUUUUCCUUUUUGUUUUUUUCCUAUUUUACUUUCCUGACUGAAAUCUCCCGUUGGAAUUAGGAGUAAAAACUGUUCAAAGAUUAAAACAGGAUGGUGAGAAAAACCCAGGACUGAAAACUUCUCACAGCUGAAGGAUGAAAAGGUUGAUAAAAAAAAAGGAAUAUGAUGAGGAUAGAAUCAAGUUGGGCGCCAUGGAUAUGCCUCAAAACCUCCAGGGGGACAACUUGCAGGUAACCACGUAGGUGAAAAGUGAAGCAUCACGCCUGCAGACACUCCAAGACAGGGAUCAUGAAGAGGGGCAGCCUUUCCU